UGAAGGAAGAGGCUUUUAACUGAAAAUGAACCUUUUUAUCAAGUGUUCAGCUUCCAUGUGAAUUAAAGGCAGAGCCGCGGGAGUAAUGAAGGAAGUUUAUGUGGAGUGUUUUUUGUCUGUCAGCAGCUGACCCGAUUUAUGUCUGAUCGUCUCCUAAACGGGCUCAGAGAAUGAUCGCGCUGACGGGACUGCAAGGUCCAUGGUUCUGUGUCCGUGUGCUCGGGUUCCAGGAGGGUGAGGCGGUUCACCUGCUGGACCUUCACCUGGACUACAGCGGGAACUUGAACUCUCCUGGGUUUUCCAUCUGCUCACCAGUCCGCCUCUGGAACGCUGAUCUGGCCCCGUCCAGAAUCCUGGCCUCAUCCCGCCUGACUGAAGAUUGGCCAGAUGACAUUAUCUCCCCGACCAAUCCGACGCCGGGACCCAUACCUCAUCCCUACAGGCUGCGCGUUGUGUGCCAGUCUGAGAAGUGGGUCAGAGCCGCGGAGGAGCCCACCAUCAGUCACUUUUGGCCGCUUCAAGUCACGUCACAUAAACAAUGGCACUUCAUGGGUAGAGGCUCGUCUUCCUUCCUGCCUGGCUUCCUGUCGAUCGUUCUGCCUGACUUGGCAAACUCAAUGCGUCUCGCUCCCCCCUCCUUCCUCCUCCUCCUCCUCCUGCUUCACCCCUCCAUCCCAAUCACCCAUUCCUAUCCCUGCAGACCUCCCUUCCUCCUGAACCAGACAGCAAGGUUGCUCAAAACCGAGGAAGGGAAAGAAAAAGGAGAAAUGAUAAAUGACGACAAAGCUACAAGAGGCUCCUGUGGAAGUGGAACGUACCAAGUCGACAAGCAGGCUCCUUUGACAUGUAGAUGGCUGGUGGUGGUGGUGGUGGUGGUGGGGUGUGAAGGUAUUGAAAUGUACUGUUUGGCACCUACAGUGCAGUAAACUUUUAACCCCGCCCACGACCUCCAGCUCCUUUCUCAUGCAGACCCUCCGGAGCAGAUUGAUGAUAGCGGUGCACUUCCUCUGCAGGGAGCGCGACCUCUGCCUGAAUAAUAGCUGACCGUUGAUUAGCCUGUCUCAUUAACAUUCAAGGCUACAUGUCAGUCUGGAAAAUAAUGAAUUGCUAAGAUAUUAAAGUUAACAUGGAGCAAUAAUUUACACAUGGCGGGGAGGAGGAGGUGGAGGAGGAAAUCAUUAUCUGGGAGAUGAAACAGGUUCACUUUUCUUGCGUUGAAGUAAAGCUUCCUCGCACGAAGAUGAAAUAACUUUUUGUUCGUAUUUAUUAACCGUUUAAUUUCCUUCCUUCUGUUUGCUGAGUAAACACGUCGCCAGAUAAGCCCGCGAAUUAAACGGCCGCUGCGAGAUUCGGGCCAAACUCGCGGGUUUUAAAGCGUGGCCUUUGCGACGCUAUUCCCUUUUAGGAGCUGUAAAGUCUCGCAGCGUUUGUGGCGUGCACUUCCUCAGGAUGCCAGAUAACGUAUCUGUUUUAUAGGCCCAUUCGGGUCAAUAGCAGUUCAACGCGUCUGGAUGCAGAGUCGCAGAAAAGCAGCAACCUUUAGCAUGACGGGUUACAGUUUCAGCCGCUCGCUGCCAUUUUAAUGGCACCCUGACAACUUCGUUAUCGGCGACUCGGAUCGCAGAUAGCGGACGGAAAGCCGUAAAAGUCCAAAGAAUACCUGAGAGCAGCGUGACUGAUAUGAGUGGCCUGCACGUCCACAGACACGAGGGGAGGCUGGAGAGGGCAGGGGGUAGUUUUUGUGUCUGUUUUGUGUCUUUUCUUGCGGCUAAAGGUCAUUUAUUUAUAUAUUUUUCCCCCAAGCACCUUGUUUUCUGAUAUUUAUUACCCAUACUACCUUUGCAACAAUCUACAAUAUACAAUCCCUGUUAUUCCUGUUUAUUCUUUUCAUUCUGACAGUCACGGUUACGUCCUCCGUGGACGGUUUGAAAAGUGAAAACAUUUAUGGCAUAUUUUUUCGCUCCUUAAAUUCCCCCCUGGGGGCAAAUAAACAAGGCUUCCUGAAUGUGAAUUUAUGAAAAAAGCCCUUGGCGAAACAAAAC